AUGCGUACCGUUGUUCUACUCGCUCUCGUUGCACCACUGGCAACGUGCACCAUCCUGAACAUUCAAGGAUCAUGCGCCGACAGCGAUAUUGGCCCUGUUUGCGUUGUUACCAAGAGUGUAGCCAACCCAGCCACAAUCUGCAAUGGCAAGGCCGGGACGUAUUGUUCCUUAGCAUCGUAUUGUGUCAGAACUCCCAGAGGCCCAGCUCAUGAGUAG